AAUUUCAGAGCGAAUCCAGAGGAGCUUUUCACCAAACUGGACAGGAUAGGAAAAGGCUCUUUCGGUGAAGUUUUUAAAGGCAUCGACAUUCGGACUCAGAAAGUGGUGGCCAUUAAAAUUAUUGAUCUGGAAGAAGCGGAAGACGACAUAGAAGACAUUCAACAGGAAAUCACAGUUCUCAGCCAGUGUGACAGUCCCUUUAUCACCAAGUAUUAUGGAUCCUAUCUGAAGGGUACAAAGUUAUGGAUUAUUAUGGAAUAUUUGGGUGGAGGAUCAGCCCUGGAUUUGUUGGAACCAGGCGCCCUGGAUGAAACACAGAUUGCCACAAUUCUGAGAGAGAUCCUGAAAGGGCUCGAGUAUCUGCACUCUGAAAAGAAAAUCCACAGAGAUAUCAAAGCUGCCAACGUGUUGAUGUCCGAACAAGGCGACGUGAAGCUGGCAGACUUUGGCGUUGCGGGCCAGCUGACAGAUACCCAGAUAAAAAGGAACACAUUUGUUGGUACUCCUUUCUGGAUGGCACCUGAAGUCAUAAAGCAAUCUGCUUAUGAUUCAAAGGCAGACAUCUGGUCAUUAGGAAUAACCGCAAUAGAACUGGCUAAAGGAGAGCCUCCCCACUCUGAGCUUCAUCCUAUGAAGGUCUUAUUCCUCAUCCCAAAGAACAACCCACCAACACUGGAAGGAAACUACAGUAAACCACUUAAAGAAUUUGUUGAAGCCUGUUUAAAUAAGGAGCCUAGCUUUAGGCCAACUGCCAAAGAGCUGUUAAAACAUAAGUAUAUUGUAAGGCAUGCCAAAAAGACAUCCUAUCUGACAGAGCUGAUUGACAGAUACAAGAGGUGGAAAUCAGAGCAGUCUCGGGAUGAAUCCAGCUCUGAUGAAUCUGAUGAGGAGCCAGAUGGCCAGGCAUCUGGAGGAAAUGACGCCAGCAAUGAUGACUGGAUCUUCAACACCAUCAGGGAGAAGGACCUGAAAAAGUUUCAGAAUGGGGCAGCACAGCCCGCUGAGCUUGAAAGGAAACAGGUGCAGGAGAGUCCAAAGAGGCCUUUGUCACAAAGCUUAUCAACAAUCUUUUCUCCGUUGUUUACCGAGUUGAAAGAAAAGGGUGAGACAAGUAACGGCAAGCCAGAGGCUGCAGAGGAGCUGCGGGAGGCCAUUUUCCUGGCAGAAGAAACGCACCCAGGGAUCUGUGACUCCUUGGUAGCUGAACUAGUGCAGAGACUUCAGAGGUUUUCUGUGCCACAUGCAGCUGCCACUCAGUGAGAGGAGCCACAUCCAGCUCCGCUCUAGUUUUCCACCCUGGUGGCAGCAGUCAGACCUUUACUCUGACCUCCACAGCCGGGAUGAAGUCUCCCAGGAAGGUCUCCAUCACUCAUUUGCCUGAAGCAAAUCCUGGCCUACUUUUAAUGUUUAUACGCUAGCACACCACCAGUGGGCCCUAUUCAGGACAGUCAGUGGCCAGCCACUUAACUGCCACCAUGACUGCCACCUGCUGUAAGAUGUCCCUUCUCAAUACCUCCUUCACAACUGUUUUUGUUUUAAGGGUGGAGUUAGCUAUCUUUCUGCAAGGACUCUUUGAGUUUCUGGUUUUGGUGAGUUUGUGGCUUUUUCACAAAGGUCUACCCUCAGCAUCCUUUUCAGAACAAAAAACCUUGCCUAAUUAAUUGUGUGCAUGUGUGCGUGGCUGUGCGAGAUACCCUGUGAAAUGUGCGGUGAAGAGUGACGAGUGGGUUGAAAGCGUUCUAUUGAAAACUCAGGUAUCCUGCUUUAAGUGGAUUGGGUCCUCUGGGAGAUGGAAAGAGCUCUAUAGGGUGGUUGUACAGACUUGUAAAUAAGCUCAUUUCUACAGAUUCAUGAAAAAAUAAUGGAGUGUUUGUAAUGGAACCACUGUGUACAAAUGGCCAAAUGCAAACUGUAGAUAAUGGUUGUGAGGUAAAUAUUUUGAAAGACUAAAAUGGCCAUACAUGAGAUUGCCUUGCCUUUCUACUUGUUCUUUUGUAUAUCGGUCUUUGAUUUCUCCAGUUGUAAAACUUUUUGAGUACUCAUCCAGUGAAUGAAAAUGGCUGCCCUCUAUCAUGUUUUACUAUUGAUUUAUUAUAUAUUUCUUAAUUCUCUUUAACUUUUUGGUUUCACACUCUAUGCUGUGGCUGUAACAAUGUUGGAGAAUGUAAAAAAGAAAAGGAAAAAAAAAAAAGGCUGGAUCACUGAAGCCCCAACCAGUUUUAAACACUGGAUGCUCUGUCGCCAGCCCAAAUUCCACAAGGCCUCGAGUCGUGUUGGUUUGUUGGACUUCGCCUCAUCCCUUUUCCCCCCCAUGUGUUUUUGACUGGUUAGAUAAACUGAGGUUGCAUCCGUUCAUUCCAUUAACAGGGCAGUGCCAUCAUCUAGUUUCUAAAUCAGCAGACUCUGAUAGUCUUCCUAGGAGCUGCAGUGGUACUAUCUAUCUCCUCAGCGUACCGACAGCUUUAAUUGCACUUCAAGUAUAAAUGCCUUUGACUAUAAACAAAGUAGCCAUAAAACAGUAGCACGAGACUUACAGUAUUUUGCAGGUAUGCUAUCUGGGACAAAAAAAAAAAAAGUUCCCCUGAAGUCUCACAGCUUGGACUCUUGAGUUGGUCAUGCAGUGUGAUACUCGCCUGGCUGUAUAUCUCCAUUGGGACUUGUGAGAGGUUUUUCAGUUGUACAGUAAAUGCAUAGAGACGUAGACUUCUCACAUAGCAGACGACACUGCUCUCAGAUGUACAUAUUAACGUAAAGCCAGGUGGUGUUCGGAGACCAGCGGCACUGCUACUACUUCCGACUGUAGUUUAAGAGGAAUGUGCAUGAUAGUAUAACAGUAUAACGCCUAUUGGUCGACCUGAGCGGUGUGUGUUGUAGCACACUGCUACAGGACUGGAGGAAUGUUGAGUCCUGAACAGAGUUGAAUCAGCCUUAGAGUAUUUGUGAUGAAUGGGAUGAAAUAGUGUCAGCUUUAAAAUGUUAGAUCAGAUGUUAUUGUUGUAACCCCCCCCCCCCCCCCCCCCCC